GGAUUUCUCGCUCGCCACUGGGCAUUCUUCAGCAGGAGAAUAAGAAUGCGAAUAAUGCGAAUAAUGCAUGGGAAGGUAGGCGAGGAGCACUAUGGAUUUGAGUUUUCGGGGAUAUUUCAGCAGUUGGGGUUGAUCGAAGCGAGGCCUGAGUGGAAAGGAGGAGAAAGAAGGAGAGACGACGCCCAUGGACGUGAAAGCUGCUGGCUCAGUGGCGCAGGACCAGUUUUCCAAGCAUGCAGGUCGAAGGAAAGUUAUUAUCGACACGGAUCCCGGCAUUGGCAUGUUCUUUCAACAAUCCCCCUCCUCCUUGUUGAUGAUGCAGAAUUAUUUUGUGCGGAGCAAGUAAUGUGCGUUGUUGUUGUUGUUGUUGUUAUUUAUUUAUCUAUUUAUUUAUUUUGGGUUGAGGUAUUGGAACCAAGCGUUCGAGCGUAGGGGUUGUCCUGGAUGGUUGUUGUUUAAUGACGCGUAAUUCGGUUUGUUGAGUGUAUACAUGUUGUGUUCUGGGGGUUCCCUGUUGCUCCAAAGAACAUCCCUAGGCAUUACCUUCAUGUCCUCGAGUUUUUAUGCUUUGAGCACUCUGUGUGUCGGAUCCAAAUCCAAAUUUAGUGGUGAUUUUGUUGCUCUGGUAGUCUCAUCUUCAUGCAAUUUUUUAUUUAUUUUUAUUUAUUUUUAUUUAUUUUUAUUUAUUUUCCUUUUUCCUUUGAGUCAGUCAGACCGAUCGAAUUUUAGCUGCAAAAUUUAGAAUCUGGCAGCACAUGGUUGCCAUGAAUGUGGGCCAACUCUAAGAAAAUGUGUGGCCUAUCGAAAAUUGGGUGUCAUCCGUUUCUUCAUUCUUCUGAACGCUACAGCUGGCAUUGAUUAUUUCUUUAGCUUGGAGAGCAAUUUUCAGAGCUUAGAAUUGUCUGCUCAAAUUAGCUGCAAUUCUGAAUCUUGCAUGGCCUAAUUGGGGUAGUCAAUCUUCUAAGGGCGUAGGGGAUAGCGAUUUCUUUUUUUCUUUUUGGUGGGAUUUAUUUUUCUUCGUCAACUGUCUGCCGUCAUUCUUCACAUCGGACUCCAAUUCUCAAGCGAGUUAGGCUAUCUAUCAUCAUUUUGGAGUAAGCAUAUUUGCUGCUUCACUUCAUCGAAUUCAUGAGGUGCCGGAUUAAAGAGAUGAUAUGAUGGCAAUUUUAAUGGCUUUUCAAGCCCCUGAAAUUGAAGUUAUAGGACUCACCACCAUUUUUGGCAACGUAAACACCGAUUUAGCGACAAUCAACGCCCUCCAUCUGUGCGAGAUGGCAGGUCAUCCGGAGAUACCGGUUGCGGAAGGCCCAUCAGAACCAUUAAAGCGGGUGAAGCCUCGAAUUGCGUAUUUUGAACACGGAUCAGAUGGACUUGGAGAAACUUACCAAGCCAAACCUAACUUCCAAAAGUUAUCUAAAGAUGCAGCAGACUUUCUUAUUGAGAAUGUAACUGAAUUCCCAGGCGAAGUAACCGUGGUUGGUCUGGGCCCCCUCACCAAUCUUGCACUGGCUAUUCAAAAGGACUCAAACUUUGCCAAAAAUGUUGGGCAACUGGUAGUCCUUGGGGGUUCAUUCAAUGCCAGUGGAAAUGUGAAUCCCGCCGCAGAAGCUAAUGUAAGUUUGAAAAGGCAAAAAUCUCAUUCGAGAAACCUAUUUGGCGAUCCCGAAGCUGCAGACAUCGUAUUCACUAGUGGAAUGAACACUCUUGCAAUAGGCAUAGACUUGACCACUCAGGUGAUUUUUAAUGAAGAUGACUUGUGUGAAAUAAGGGAUUCUGGUGGAGAUUACGGCAAAUAUAUCUAUGACUGUUGUCGCUUUUAUCACGAUUGGCAUUUAUCGUCUGAUCAUUUGGAUGGGAUUUUUCUUCACGAUCCUACAUGCAUGGCAGCACUGCUUGACCCAACUCUUUUUACCUUUAAAAACGGAGCUGUGCGAGUUGAAACUGAGGGGCCUUGCUUGGGCCACACUAUCCUAGGUAUGGGACUGAAAAAGUACGUAAAUAUUCACACCCUAUGUCUCGCUCAGUUACCCAGUAAACUGUACUUGCUAUCUAGCAGCUUGAGAUGCAUUGAGGAGCACCUCUUGCUCUACCAAACAUUUAUCUCAGUUCCAAGUGCAUAUCAAAGCAUCUACAUUACUUGUUCAGAAACUAAUCAGUGGCUUUGUUCUUCAAAAUUUGAAAUUGAGGACGCUCACUACCGGGUACUAAAUUUCAUUGCUACAUAGUUGGGUGAAGGAAACUUCCUGGACAGGCGUGCCCCCUAUUGACGUUGCAAUUACAGUUGAUGCUGAUGGCGUUCGAAACCUUGUCAAGAAACUCCUUUGCAGCUCUCGACUGAAAUGACUGAUUCCUUCUAUACCUGCUGUUGCUUAAGAUGGAGGAGAUGGCAGCAUUAGAGGAUAUGCCGCAACAGUUCCUCUCCACCACAUCAGAGCUUGAGAGUAUGCACACCUACGAGUUCAACAUAUCAAUCUUGGACGUUGUGUUUUUCUGUCAUCAAAGAUUCUUCUGCGGGCUGUCACUGAAGAGAUAAUCAGGUGCUAGGAGACCACAUGUCUGAAUUGCUAGUGAUUUUCAUACACUAGAUACAAUGUGUCCUGUCCUAGGUCCAUUGGGGAACCUCUUAUUCUAAGCCUUGUGUAAACUACAUCAACCGAGUUUCAUUUGAAGCCACAAAUUUUACUAAUCUCACAUUCUCCA